GACACGAUGAAAAACUCGAUCUCCGUUCUUCUGGGAGCAGCAUGGCUCGUAUUCUUAGCCAAAGUGGUGGUGGCACCGAAACCUCAUUUAUCAAAAACCUGUCUAAUAGAAAAAGAAAGCUUUCAUGCGGAUACAUUGGAGUAUAGCUCGACCGAUCUACCGAUCUACCAAACCCUGGACAGAUGUAUGAGCAACACUCGUCGCAUAAUCGGCGGAGAAAGCAGUUUGGGCGGGGAGUUUCCCCAUGCCGCUCGCCUGGGAUAUCGCAACUAUCUUGGAGAAGUGGACUGGUUCUGUGGAGGAACUCUUAUCAGCGACAGGCAUGUGCUCACCGCCGCCCAUUGCCACUUUUCUACACAAGGUUCAGUUAACAUCGUGCGCCUUGGAGACUUGGAGUUCGACACGGACAUCGACGACGCGGAUCCGGAGGACUUCACCGUCAGCGACUUCACAAUUCAUCCCGAUUACUACUAUCCGGAAAUGUACAAUGACAUAUCCGUGGUGAGGUUGAGUCGACCCGUAACCUUCAACGAGUACAAGCAUCCGGCCUGUCUGCCCUUACACGAUGGGCGAUCGGUCUCCUCCUUCAUAGCCAUCGGUUGGGGUCAACUGGAGAUCAUUCCCAGGAUGGAAAACAAGAAGCUACAGAAAGUCAAGCUCUACAACUAUGGAACGCGCUGCAGGCUAACGGCGGAAAAGAACGAGGAACUGCCCGAGGGAUACAAUGCCACCACCCAACUGUGUAUCGGAUCCAAUGAACACAUGGACACCUGCAAUGGGGACUCUGGUGGCCCGGUCGUUAUAUGUCGCGAUGACCACCCUUGCAUGUACCAAGUAAUGGGUAUCACAUCCGUCGGAAUUGGCUGCGACACACCCGAUAUUCCGGGCGUGUACACAAGGGUGCACUUUUACCUGGACUGGAUUAUGCAACAAAUUGUCCAAUAAAAAAUCAACAUCACCUUAUCAUCAAUAAUAUAAUUUGCAAUUAAGAUAUCUCAAAUUGUAUUGAAAUCAUAUUUUUCCAGUAAGAUACAAUACAAACAAUAUAUAAUGCUCGAGUUCCCCGAC